AUGGACGCUGGCGGUCUAGCUCAGAUGACUUACAACUCAUCUUUCAAUAAUGGGUCCUCGCUCGGUGCGCCUGGAUCCGGCUUUGGAUCUCGGAGGAAAGCCGCCAAUGUCAAGCGCUUGAGUGUGCCGCCUCCGCAUAUCUCGACCAUUGAUGAAUCGCAGCCGGUCGCUACCCCACGGACCAGUCGCUCCCACCUUUUGGCGGGCUUGAGAACUGCACCCAAGUCAGCUACCGUUCCCUCUAACAACCAGCGCCGGCAGCACCUUGGUCUGGAGGGAGAUCGGUAUGGCAAUCUCUCCAAUCGCACUGCCGAACGUAACGUGCCGCAAACCGCGACGGGAACUGGAUUCCCACGACACUCAUUGAUGAUGAACCAGGGACUCGACACCAAUGCGGGUCGUCCUAUGUAUACCUUGCCGGAGCAGGUCCUUGCACCUCCGGCUAUUGACUUUCCUACUGAUAUCCCCAUGGACGACAAUCUGUAUGCGGAACUGAUGUCCACGAACCUGUUCCUUGCUGCUCAGCAGCAGCGCUUGCAGCAGCAACUGCUCAGCGUCACCGCUGCUGCCCAACAAUUCCAGGGUCUGAGCUUGGGUGCGAAUCUUGCUCAACAGCAGCAGGACUUUUCUCAGAUGUCCGUCCCGAGUAUGGGUUUCUAUCAGCAGCAGCUUCAGCAGGGCGUGCAGCCAGUGGUUCAGCCCGUUGCUGGUCAGCCGGGGCUGUUCUCCGUCUACAAUCCAUUGACCGGUCAAAUCAACUAUUACUACGACAACAAUUCCCAGCAUGAUCUUUCCCCGCCUUACCAAUCCGAGGAAGAGGCCCCUUCUCCCCCCCUCCAUGCCCCACCCUUCCGGGCUGAGGUCUCUCCCCCUCUUGAAUCAGUCAAGUCUCCCGUCAACAUGUCUGAAGAGGUGCCUUCCAACGUCACUCCAAUUUCGGAAGACAGCAUCGCGCCCCUUCCUCCACCAUCUGCCAAUGCCUUCCGCAGGGCUCACAAGAAGAACACGUCCUUUGGCCCAGGUCCCAAGACUGGUAUUGACACCAACAAGGCCAACAGCGCUGCUCACAUCACUGGCCCCAGGACUGCUCCAAUCAUGACCCCAGCCACUGGAACCUUCGGACCUGGUCAGGGUCGUGCUGGAGAGCACCCUGUCCGCCAGCCCCGCGGUCCGCCUUCGCUCGAAGAACUCGUCGCUAAGCCCACCUCGAGGCACGAAGGAAGCAAAAACUUUGCUACCCGUCAGCGUCGUCGUGCCGUUCAUAACUUGGUGCGCGCAGGUAUUGAGCGCCGUGGUGAUUCUCGAAGCCUGGGACACAGCAGCGGUGGAACCAACACCCCUGCCAGCGAAAAGGAAUUCACCUUUUCCGACAAUGAUGAUGCCACAGUUCGCAGUGGCAGCCUUUCGAGCAAACCUAGCCUAGGCAGUCUGCGCGCUGUUGCUAACGGAGCCAUUGGCUCUGAGAGGAAGGAGAGAUCCUCCCGGGAGCGCAGAUCGCAGGACAGCCCGUUCAGCACAGCCUCCAUCAGCGAGAAGGACGGGUACUUUUCAGGCAAAUUUGCGGACCACCCUUCGUCCGAAAACGGAUCGCCAUCCAUCGCUGCUGUCGUCGCUGGCCAGAAGACGGUAGCCCAGGGUACGGAGAGGCGCAAGACCCCUAUGCUUGUGCUGUCAAGCGCCGAAAAGCGCAAGACUCCGAUCAUGUGA